AUGGCUGCAGCACCCGAGUGCCCGAUCAAGAGAGCCAACGUCGGCGGCGGCGGCACCCGCAACCGCGACUGGUGGCCCAACGAGCUGAAGGUCAACAUCCUCCGCCAGAACACAACCGCCACCAACCCGUAUGGCAAGGACAACUUCGACUACGCUCAGGCGUUCAAGAGCUUGGACUAUGAGGGCCUCAAGAAAGAUCUACAUGCCCUGAUGGCCGAUUCACAAGACUACUGGCCAGCAGAUUUCGGCCACUACGGUGGUUUCUUUAUCCGUAUGGCAUGGCACUCCGCUGGCACAUACCGUGUCUUUGAUGGCCGUGGAGGUGGUGGUGAUGGCCAGCAGAGAUUUGCACCGCUCAACAGCUGGCCAGACAAUGUCUCUCUAGACAAGGCGCGGCGUCUGUUGUGGCCUAUCAAGCAGAAGUAUGGCAACAAAAUUUCGUGGGCUGAUCUGAUGCUGCUCACUGGUAACGUUGCCCUCGAGUCUAUGGGCUGCCCAACAUUCGGCUUCGCUGGUGGCCGUCCCGACACCUGGGAGGCUGAUGAGUCAGUCUACUGGGGUGGCGAGACCACAUGGCUCGGCAAUGACGUUCGUUACUCCAACGGCAAGGCCGGUCUGUCUGAGCACGGUGUUGUGGAUGGCGACCUGUCAAAGAAGGAGCACUCAGAUAUUCACCACCGCGAUCUGGAGAAGCCGCUAGCUGCUGCUCAUAUGGGUCUGAUCUACGUCAACCCUGAGGGUCCUGAUGGUAUUCCCGACCCUAAGGCAGCUGCCCGAGACAUCCGCACCACCUUCGGUCGCAUGGCUAUGAACGACUACGAGACUGCUGCUCUCAUUAUUGGUGGCCACACCUUCGGCAAGACCCACGGUGCUGCACCUUCAGAUCAUGUCGGCAAGGAGCCCAACGCUGCAGACCUGUCUCAGCAAGGUUUCGGCUGGAAGAAUGAUUAUAAGUCAGGCAAGGGUCCCGACACCAUCACCUCCGGCCUCGAAGUGACCUGGACUUCGACACCCACCAAGUGGAGCAACAAGUACCUCGAAUAUCUCUACAAGUACGACUGGGAGCAGACAAAGUCACCUGCUGGUGCCAACCAGUGGGAGGCUAAGACUGACGAUGAGAUCAUUCCUCACGCCUUCGGCGAGGGCAAGCAGAAGCCGCGCAUGUUGACUACUGACUUGGCCAUGCGCUACGACACUGAGUACGACAAGAUCUCCCGUCACUUCCUCGAGAACCCACAGGAGCUCCAGGACGCUUUCGUCCGCGCCUGGUUCAAGCUUCUCCACCGUGACAUGGGCCCACGUUCGCGCUGGCUCGGACCUGAGAUCCCCAAGGAGGUUUCCCUGUGGGAAGAUCCCGUCCCAGCUCAGGAAGGUCCAGUCAUUGAUGAUAAGGAUAUUGCCCACCUGAAGAAGGAGAUUCUCGCCACUGGUGUCGAGCCAUCGAAGUUCCUCUACGCCUCGUACUCCUCAGCCUCGUCUUUCCGUGGUAGCGACAAGCGUGGUGGUGCCAACGGUGCCCGCAUCCGUCUCGAGCCCAUGAACAAGUGGGAGGUCAACAAGCCCACAGAGCUCGCCGAGGUCAUCAAGGCUCUCGAGGGUGUCCAGCAGAAAUUCACCGCCAAGAAGGUCUCGAUCGCUGAUCUGAUCAUCCUUGCCGGUGUCGCUGCCCUCGAAAAGGCCUCUGGUGCCUCAGUCCCCUUCACACCUGGUCGCACUGACGCCAGCCAAGACCAGACCGACGUCUCAACAUUCGAGCACCUCGAGCCCUACGCAGACGGUUUCCGCAACUACGGCAAGGGCACCGAGCGUGUUCGCACCGAGAUGAUGCUCAUCGACCGUGCUCACCUGCUCGGUCUCACCGCCCCCGAGAUGACUGUCUUGGUCGGUGGUCUCCGAUCCCUCGGCUUGAACUACGACGGAUCAUCCAACGGCAUCCUCACCAAGAGCCCAGGCAAGCUCACCAACGACUUCUUCAUCAACCUCCUCGAUACCAAGACUUCGUGGAAGGCCACUGACGGCAGCCAGGAGCUGUACGAGGGAACUGAUCGCAAGAGCGGCAACAAGCAGUGGACUGCAACUCGCAGUGACUUGGUGUUCGGCUCGCACGCCGAGCUGCGGUCGUACGCUGAGGUGUAUGCUCUGUCUGACAACAAGGACAAGUUCGUCAAGGACUUCAUCGGUGUGUGGGACAAGCUGAACAAUGCCGACCGCUUCGAUCUCAAGACUGCACAGGGUCUUGCCAAGUCGAAGCUGUGA